GCAGGUCACAAGUGUCGUUCAAAAUUCUCCUUCAGCUGUUCGAGCACCACGAGUGUAGGCGCGUAUGUGGGGCCACGCUGACAGAUUAAAACACACGACCUACAAUGGCGCUGAUGGGAGUGCAGUUGGUAGUCAGCUUGCUGGCCGUCAGCAUAAUGCAGAAAAUGGCUCCACAUUACUCCUUUGCUCGCUGGCUGUUAUGCAGUGGCAGGCUCUUAAGGUUCAAACACCCUUCUGAGGGAGAGCUCUGUGCUCUGGCAGGCAAACAGAUGCCCAGUAAGACCAGCAGGAGAGACAGGAGGCAGAAUGGCCACGGGGAGCCCAAGCCACUUACCGUCCCAAAGGACAUUGAUCUACAUUUGGAAAGCACCCCUGUGAAUGUUUUGGAUGCUUUGGUGUUGCGCUUCUUCGUGGAGUAUCAGUGGUUGAUUGACUUUGCCGUUUAUGCGAUUGGCAUCUACGUCUUCACCGAGGGCUACUAUUACAUCGUGGAUGCCAGUAAAGAGGUCAACAUUAGUGCCAUCUGGUGUGUCCUGACUGUAUUCUUCUGCCUGAGGAUGCUGUAUACUCUGAUGAGCCACUACUUUCGCUCUGAUGAGAGUGGCGAGCGCUCCGUGUGCCUGGCGUUUGGCUUCCUCUCCCUGCUUCUUGCCAUGCUGGUCCUGGUGGUGAGGGAGGACUAUCUGGAGUUCGGCCUGGAGCCUGGUUUCAUCAGUGUCUUUGAAAACUUCGAAGCGUUUGCCAAGCAGCAGGGCUUUGAGUGGUCCGUUCCUUUCACCAAACUGGGGGUGAAACUGGCCUUGGCUGCCAUGUGUGCCGUCCUUGGUGCUCUGCUUGCGUUCCCUGGCCUUCGCUUGGCACAGACACACUUAGACGCCGUGCAGAUGAACGCCGAUCGGCGACUCGUUCAAAUCCUCCUGCACAUCAGUUUCCUGUCUCCACUGGUUGUUGUUGUAUUGUGGGUCAGGCCUCUGGCCCGUGACUUCCUGGGAAAUGCUCCUAUGGGAAAGCAGUCAGUCACAUUGCUCUCCAGUUCUGCAUUUGAGUCCAUGCGGCUGUGGGUGAUUGUGGGGUUGUGUGCGUUGAGGCUGCUGCUCACCCACCACCACCUGCAGGCCUAUCUCAACCUCGCUUCCAAGUGGGUGGAGCAGAUGAAGAAAGAGGCGGGGCGUAUUGCUGCUAUCGACAUCCAACGAAAGGUGACUCGUGUGUACUGCUAUCUGACUGUAGUCACACUACAGUACCUCAUUCCUGUUUUUCUAGUGCUCUUCUCCACCCUGGCCCUCAAGGCUUUAGGUGACUAUUCUUGGGGGCUGGGCGCCGAGACUCCCCGCUUCACCCCUGCACCAGUCCUCCCUACCGCACCUCCACCGCCCCCUGCACUAGUGGACAAGGACGACCUAGAGGAUAUGGAGGAGGAUGUUCAGGCUACCGUGGCCCACUUGUCUGAGGCCUUCACCGCCUUGCGUGCGGUCCUCACUCCACUCUUCUUCAGAGGGCUGUUCGCCUUCCUCACCUGGUGGGUGGCCGCCUGCCAGCUCCUUAGCAGCAUGUUUGGCAUCUACUUCCACCAGUACCUCAUGCAUAGCUGAGGAGCGCCCCCCAGUGAUGGCUUGGUGUACUGUUGCCCGGCGCACAUAUGCGGCUGGGCUGUCAGCUCUGACGCGCCAGUGCACAGCAGGCUGGUGUCAUUUAUGGCCACUCAAGAUCGACUCUGACUGCUUGAUCUUGUCAGGAGGUGGUGGUGUUUUUAGUCUAAGUCAGAGGGAAUGUUAAAAUGUGGCUACUUGUCUGUUACCACGAGUUUUAUUUUAAUUUUUGUACCCUUACAUGGAAGAGAUGUGUGAUUGAAUUUAUGCAAGCAACCUUAAAUCAUAUACAGAAACCGCAGGAGAAAGGGUUUAUUAUAUUUGUAUUUUUUAAAUAAUCCUUUUCCUGUUGAAGCAUUUUAAAAUCAUGUCCUGAAAAAAAAUCUUAUACUACAAAAUCAAAUCCUUGUACUACAGAUCAAGAAGCUUUAAUUUAGAAUAUUCCUCACCUUCAUCAGGCUGAUGGUGACGUCUUAUGAUGGUAAGUGCUUGGUAACUCAGGGAUGUGAAGUCAGGAACUGAAUUUCCACUACCAGUAUGGCCCAAACGAUCAAAGGCUUACUUUUAAUACUGUAGCUUAAAAAAAAAAAAAACAACAACACAGUGAAGCCUACAAAACUAGAUGCAGUUAUGUUUAGUCACUCCUAAAUUUUUCUUCCAAUGCAAAUUAAAACCCUUUUUUUUUCAUGGUGUGUUUUCACUGCCAAGCUGUACCUGUAAUUAUAUUAACGGGUGUGGUGGCAGUGCGCCAGAAGUGCUCUGCUUCUAAAUAUUUCUGAUGUGUUUAGUUGUCCUGUGCCACUGACCAAUUACACACACAAAUUCAGAACAAGUAGAUUUUUGCAGUGUGACAAAUUGUUUAAGAAUGUUGCACUAUUUUUAAACUGACUGAAAUGUAUGGUGAGACUGUUUCAUUAAAAUCCAGAAUGCCUCAGAA